AUGUUCAAAUUUGUUGUUGUCUUUGCUGCCUGCUUCGCUUAUGCUGCUGCCGGUGUUGUUCAUCAAACAGCUUUUGCUGCUGCUCCCGCUGCUGUAGCUUAUGCUAACGCUCCCUUGUAUGCCGCUGGUGGCAGCCAACAAAUUGAUGUUCGUCACAAUUACGAUGGCACUUUGUCUUCAUACACCACCACCCCAUUCGGUUACACUUCUCCCAUCUCUAGCCGUUAUGUAGCCGGUGCUCCUGCUGCCUAUGCCGCACCAGCAGCUUUUGCCGCUCCCUCUGCUUAUGCUCGUUAUGCCGCCCCUGCUGCUUAUGCCGCUGCCCCAGCUGCCUUUGCUGCUCCUGCCGCUUAUGCUGGUUAUGCCGCUCCUGCUGCCUACGCUGCUCCUGCUAAAUAUGUUGCUUCCGCUGGUGUUGCUACACCUUUCGCUGUAGCUUCUCCUUAUGCUGCUCCCUAUGCCGCUCAUUAUGCUGCUCCUUAUGCUGCUCCUCAUUUUGCUGCUGCCCCCGCUAAAGUAGUUGUUUAAAUUUGUUUACUACAAAUUUUGUCUUACUUACUUUUUGUUUUGUUUGUUAAUAAUGAAUAAAUAUUUAUUGUUCUUUUUUUAAAUAUUAAUUAAACAA